ACAUGGACCCAAGUUUCUGACUGGUGUCCAGAAGCCGUUGUUGUACACAGCUGCUCUGUCCGGCUCUGUGUGGAAUAGGCUCUUGUUGUGAAACUCUCACAUUUUUAAAGGUUCUCUUAAUAUUUUGUAUGUUUUCAUCCAGAAUUUUUCCUUUUUUUCCCUUUUAAAUUUCCGUGGACUUCUCUCCAGUGACCGAUUCCCCCCACUUUCAUUUUAACCAUGCUGCAAACUUCACACGUUCGCAACUGAAAAAAAUACAUUUUGUGGUGUGAAACUUUUUUUUCUACCGCAGGAAAUUACUUUUGCAUUCAUUUGCGCAUAAUGACCGAGGAGAGCAAAGCAGAGCACAGAGCUGAAAGCGGGAAGGACUUGGAGAAACAGCUCCGGUUACGAGUGUGUGUCCUAAAUGAACUCUUAAAGACUGAACGGGAUUAUGUUGGGACACUUGAGUUUCUGUCGGUGUUUCUACAUCGUCUCGACCAGUAUGCAGCCACCAAAAUUGACAAGAACAUCACAGAGGACACAGUUAAGAUUUUAUUCUCCAACAUUGAAGAGAUUCUGUCGGUCCACAAAGACUUCUUGUCGAUGGUGGAGGAGCUGCUGCAGCCUGACCCUCACGCUCACCAUGAAGUUGGCCGCUGCUUCUUGCACUUUAGGAGCCGUUUCCAGAUUUAUGAUGAGUACUGUGGGAACCACGAGAAGGCCCAGAGGCUGCUGCUGGAGCUCAAUAAGAUCAGGACCGUCCGCACAUGUUUACUGAACUGCAUGUUGCUGGGAGGCAGAAAAAACACAGAGGUUCCACUUGAGGGUUACCUGGUAGCUCCUAUUCAGAGGAUCUGCAAAUACCCGUUGCUGCUCAGAGAGCUGCUGAAGCGGACUCCUAAGAAGCACAACGACUAUGCCCUGGUGCAGGAGUCUCUGCAGGUGAUGAAGGCUGUGUGCUCCAACAUCAACGAAGCCAAGAGGCAGAUGGAGAAGCUGGAGGUUUUGGAAGAAUGGCAGUCCCACAUCGAGGGUUGGGAGGGCUCCAACAUCACAGACACAUGCACAGAGAUGCUCAUGCAGGGCGUCCUGCUGAAGAUUUCCGCUGGAAACAUCCAGGAAAGGAUCUUCUUCCUGUUUGACAAGCUUCUGGUCUACUGCAAGAAGAAAAACAGGCGUUUAAAAAACAGCAAGGCCAGCACUGAGGGUCCUCGCUACCUGUUCAGAGGGAGGAUCAACACGGAGGUGAUGGAAGUGGAAAAUGUGGAUGAUGGAACGGCUGACUACCAUAGCAGUGGGAACAUCGUGAACAACGGCUGGAAGAUCCACAACACGGCCAAGAACAAGUGGUUCGUCUGCAUGGCCAAGACCCCGGAGGAGAAGCAGGAGUGGCUGGAGGCCAUCUUGAAAGAGAGGGAACGCAGGAAAAGUCUGAGGCUGGGUAUGGAACAGGAUACGUGGGUGAUGGUGUCAGAGAAAGGAGAGAAGCUCUACCACCUCAUGACCAAGGGACACCUCAUUAAGGACCGGAAACGCAAGCUCACCACCUUCCCCAAGUGCUUCCUGGGAAGUGAGUUUGUGUCUUGGCUGAUGGACAUUGGUGAGACAGGCAACCCAGAGGAGGGGGUUCACCUGGGACAGGCACUGCUGGAGAAUGGCAUCAUCCACCAUGUCACAGACAAGCACCAGUUCAAACCUGAGCCUGUGUUGUACCGCUUUCGCUAUGAUGAUGGCACCUACCACCCCAGAACUGACAUGCAGGAUGUCAUAUCCAAGGGUGUCAGGCUCUUCUGUCGUCUCCACAGCCUCUUCACUCCUGUCAUCAGAGACAAGGACUACCACUUGCGGACCUACAAAUCGGUAGUGAUGGCCAACAAGCUGAUAGACUGGCUCAUAGCACAGGGGGACUGCAGGACGAGGGAAGAAGCAUUGAUCUUGGGGGUGGAGCUGUGCGACAAUGGCUUCAUGCAUCACGUGCUAGAAAAGAGUGAAUUCAAGGAUGAGCCGUUGUUGUUUCGUUUCUUUGCUGAUGAGGAAAUGGAGGGCUCCAACACGAAACACAAGCCCAUGAAGCAUGACUUGAAGAUAGUGGAGAAUGUCAUUGCAAAGUCUCUCUUGAUAAGACCCAGUGAUGGAGGCUAUGGCUUUACCCUGGAAGAGAGGAACAGAGUCCCCAUCAUCAAGUCUGUGGAGAAGGGCUCCCCGGCUGAGAUGGCUGGUCUGGAAGUUGGGAAGAAGCUGUUUGCCAUGAACGGGGACCUGGUUUUCCUCAGGCCUUUCUCUGAAGUGGAGAGCCUCCUUAAGCAGUGCUUCAGCAGCAAAGGACCUGUGAGGGUGCUGGUCAGCACCAAGCCAAGGGAGACAGUAAAGAUCCCGGACUCAGCUGACGGGCUGGGCUUCCAGAUCCGUGGUUUUGGCCCCUCUGUGGUCCACGCUGUAGGGAGAGGCACAGUUGCAGCCAUCGCUGGCCUCCACCCAGGCCAGUGCAUCAUCAAGGUGAACGGCAUCAAUGUGAGCAAGGAGAGCCACGCUAGUGUGAUUGCUCAUGUCACAGCGUGCAGGAAGUACCGCCGGCCCACACAGCAAGAUACCAUUAAGUGGGUAUACAACAACAGUGAGAGCGCUCAAGAGGACCACCAGAAAAGUAACCAGAAACCUGCCCCUGAGGAAAAUGGAGAUGGCUUUGAGUGCAAAGUAGAAGAGGUGAUGGACAAAUUUAACACGAUAGCCAUCAUCGACGGGAAGAAGGACCAUGUCAGCCUGACAGUAGACAACGUCCACCUGGAGUACGGAGUGGUGUAUGAGUACGACAGCACCGCCGGCAUCAAGUGCCAUGUGCAGGAGAAGAUGGUUGAGCCCAAGGGAUUCUUCAGCCUCACCGCCAAGAUCCUGGAGGCGCUGGCGCGUAAUGAUGACACGCUGGUGCAGAUGUGCGGCAGGUUGAGCUCCAGCUGUGAUGUUAUCCCCGAGGAGCUGCAGGUACGCUUCAGUGCCAUGUGUGGCGAGAGACUGGAGCACAUCAACCGGCGCAUUACAAACUACAGGAAGUUUGCACGGGUGCUGAAGAACAGGGCAUGGCCCACCUUUAAGCAGGCCAAGACCAAGGUGUCUCCCCUCCACAGCAGUGACUUUUGCCCUACGAACUGCCACAUCAAUGUGAUGGAGGUGUCCUACCCCAAGACCACCACCUCCCUGGGCAGUGCUUUUGGCGUGCAGCUGGACAACAGGAAGAACACGCUGGAAAAAGGAGGACGCAGCAGCACUGAGCACGGCAAGCUUAACCCAAUGGUUUACGUCCAGCACACCAUCACCACUAUGGCUGCUCCCUCAGGCCACAGCCUGGGCAGGACAGAGGGCCACGGCCUUCGCUUCCUUCUUAGAGAGGAAGACCUGCUCACCCUGGAUGCUUACCAGAAACUGCUCACCAAGCUCACCACCGUUGUCAAGGAGAUGGAGACCCAUGGUGCUCAUAUUCACGACCUCCUGUCCUCCAUCACCUACCCCCCAGCGUCAGAGGCGAAGACCCCAGAGAGCUACAUCUCUGCAGAGAGUGAGGGGGAGAGAGGGGAGAGGAACGGCAAGAAAGUGUGCUUCAACGUGGCGGGUGACGAGCAGGAGGACUCCGGACACGACACCAUCAGCAACAGAGACUCUUACAGUGACUGUAACAGCAACAGGAACUCCAUCGCCUCCUUCACCAGUAUCUGCAGCAGCCACUGUAGCUCCUACGUUCACAGCGAUGACAUGGACUCAGGAGAUGAGAUGCCCUCCAGUGUGUGGCUGUCCCAUGAUAAGCAGAAAAAACUCCACAGCUUCCUGGAGCAUCUUUUCAGCCAGGUGGACUCGAUCACCAGCAUGCUCAGAGGAGCGGUUGUGGCUCGAGCCUUUGAGCAGACCAAGUGUUUCACACCUGGCAGAGGAUUACAAGAGUUUCAGCAGGAGAUGGAGCCCAAGGUGAACUGCACUAAGAAGCUGCGCCUCCACGUCAAGCAGGACCCCUGGAACCUCCCAGGCAGCGUUCAGGCCCUCACAAACACUAUUGCCAAAUUUGUGGAAGAGGUGAAGACACGGCUGCUUUUGGUCUUACUUCAGUAUACAGACUCGGAGAUCCAGCUGCGUCGGGAUAUGGUGUUCUGUCAGUCCCUGGUAGCAGCCGUGUGCGCCUUCUCACAGCACCUCCUGGCUGUCCUCAACCAGUUCCAUAAUGUGGGCAGGGACGCCGAGCAGGAGGGCCUGGACCCUCAGGACCCUCAGGACCCUCAGGAAACCAGCCGGCGUUGGCUGGAGCAGAUCUCCAGCACUGGGUUGCUGCUCCACUUCCAGUCCCUCCUCUCCCCCAACCUGACGGAUGAGCAGGCCAUGUUGGAGGACACUCAGGUGGCCUUAAUUGACCUGGAGAAGGUCACUUUCUACUUCCGGCAGUUUGAGGGGGAACCGCUGGUGGCCAAUAUGCCAAUCUCAUACCAAGUGGAAGGAACCCGUCAGGCCCUGAAGGUUUGUUUCUACUUGGAGAGUUUCUACUUCUCCCAGCUGCCUCAGAGGCUGAAGAACGGAGGAGGCUUUAAAAUCUACCCUGUGCUCUUCACACAAGCGCUGGAGAGUAUGGAGGGAUACUACUACAGAGACAAUGUGUCUGUGGAGGAAUACCAGGCCCAGAUCAAUGCAGCCUCAUUGGAGAAGGUCAAACAGUACUACAAGAGACUGAGGGCGUUCUUCCUGGACCAGUCCAACAUACCGCCCAGCUCUGCACCCAAAGCUGCCCUAAUAGACAAGUUGAUGCGUCCCCUCAAUGCUCUGGAGGAGCUCUAUCGUCUGAUGGAGAGUUUUAUCAGUUGUCGCCGUACUGCCGCCUGUCAGUACACAGCCUGCGGGGCUUCCGGAGUCGGGCUGCUCACUGUGGCCUCCGAGCUCUGCUCUCGCCUGGGAGCCACACACAUCGUUAUGUGCAACAGCGGCGUUCAUCGCUGUACCCUGAGUGUGACACUGGAGCAGGCCAUCCUGCUCGCUCGAAAACACGGCCUGCCCCCUCGUUGCAUCAUGCAGGCCACUGAUGUCAUGAGGAAACAGGGGGCAAGAGUUCAGAAUUCAGCCAAGAACCUGGGGGUGAGGGACCGUACACCAUCAUCAGUGCCCAGGCUGUACAAGCUGUGCCAACCACCACCCCCAGAUGGUGACCCAUAAUGCAUUGGCAUCCAUGAAGUUACAGAACAAGUGCUUCAAAUGUCAACCACCCCAUUCCUGAUGUCUUCUCUCCACCCAUGAAGGAUCAAGCUGAUUAAAAACAAAACCCCACUUGAUGAUCUGUCAUUGUGUCCAGUUUUAUAUAUUAAGAGUAGCCAUUUUUGUGUAAAUAGAAUUUUAAAACAGUAAAUAGUAUUUUUAAUACUUUAUAUUUUUCAUUGUUGUACUUUAUAAAUGGUUUUAAAAGUUCUCUUAUCCUGCUAUAAUGCAUCAUGUCAGAGCAUGUUCAGAACUGAAAAACAAAGGAUUUACACCUAGAGGGUGCAGUCUAACAGGUCGCUGAGAUGGAAGGAACCCAUCAUUUCUUGAGCUACAUAUUAUGGGCUUAAAAUUAUCUGUUUGUUUUCAUGAGGGAAAUUUGCAUUUCAUUACACUAGUUCGAUUUGCAUAUGAAAUGAGUGAGAUGAUACAGAUUAAAAGGAUAUUGAAUGAAACUUGGCAUCACACUUGUUCAAGUUGGCCACUUUCAUUCUUUGCUUUUGUUUUCUUCAGCCCUCACGUCUUUGCUCUAUUGAUUCCCUCACUGUUGGAUAACUAUGUGAAAGUUUGUGAUGAAACUUUUUCGGCCUGUAAAUGUGCACAUUUAGCAAAAAACGGUUCUGUGCUGAAAUCAGAGCCAUCCCCUUGUUCACCCAUCUUCUGUGGAUUUCAAAGACUGUUAUAGUUAGUCAUCAUGGCUCACUGCAGGGUGACCUGAAUGUUGUGCUUUUUACAUUGAAGCCUGUGCCUGAUCUAAAGAGAUUUUCUAUGGUUUAUCAGUAUUAACACUUAAUAGUUUAUGCCAAGUUGUUGGAAGUAGAACUAUGAAAUAUAUUCUAUUUUAUAUUGCCAGUACUCAGGAUUAAAGUUUGUCUUUGUUACUUAUAUUAUCAAUGUAGAAUGGAUGACUAGCUAACUACUAUGCAAAAAAAUAAGUGGUAAUAAAGUGCAUCAGUAAGCUCCAGUUUAUUAGUGUUUCUCAUAUACAGUAUGUCUCAAUAUUUUCUUACUGUAAAAAUAAAGGGUGACUUAGCAUGCAGCGUAUUUUCUUCAAAACAUGAAAAUGAAAGUUAUAUAUCUGUUUUAAAAAAAACACAUUAAAAUUGCUGACACUGCUUGGA